AUGAGCGGCUUAUUUGAUAACAUUCUGGGCCUCUCUCGAGAAGCUCUCCUCGCAGUGCUCUCUGUAUCGCUAUGUCUGGUUUAUGUGUCAAUCAAAAUCGUCGGCCGUUUACUCUUCAGUCCCCUUCGGCAUGUCCCUGGACCAUCCUCUACCAAGCUCAGUGGAGCAGCAGUUUGGCUCAGUACCAUACAAGGCCGUCGCGUUUACAAACUGGAGGAAUUGCACAAGAAGUACGGCCCUAUUGUACGAACUGGCCCGAAUGAAGUAUCCAUCAGUGACUGGCGACACUUGCGCACCAUCUAUCUCAAUAACAAGGGAAUGAUCAAAAACCCGGACUUCUAUGAAGCUGCUACCUUUGUCGGUAAAGACAAUAUUUUCCAGAUGAUAAAUGUCCAACAGCAUGCCGCACGAAGAAAGAUGAGCAGUCCUCCAUACUCACUGCAGUCCGUUGCGCUGCUAGACCCCUUGAUCAAGGGCAACGCCCGACGUCUCGCCCAACGGCUCAAAAGCGGCACAUCAUCUCCCGUCGAUGCCUACACAUUCUGCGGUCUUUUCAGCCUCGAGGUAAUCUGCCAAGCUGGCUUCGCGAAAGACUUCUCCAACGACACCAACGGCGCAGCAGCUCUCAAGCUCCUCCAAGCAAUGGACGGAAGCGCACUCACCUUGCUCUUCGACGGCGCUCUUCCUUUUGUAGCCAGGUUUGACAUCGGGACCAAAUUACCAGGUGCCAUUGGUGACUCAUAUCUUAAGCGAGAGUAUUGGCGCAAGAAGUCUUAUGAGAUGGUCGAUCAUUUUCUCGAGAAGAGUGCUGAUGAUGAGAAGUACUUGCUUACGCCGUUGGCUACUGGUGUUGAUGGAUACUUGGGACGCAAACUUACUCAUGAGGAGCUUGUUGAGGAAGCUAUGGGGUAUAUGUUUGCUGGAUCGGGUACUACAUCAUCAACAUUGACAUACCUGCUGUACGAGCUCUCAAAACCAGAGAACGCCGCUAUUCAGGAGCGUUUGCGCACGGAGGUACUGGCGAUAUCAGAUGAUGAUAUCGUGGCUAUCAGAAACAACGCAUACAUCAACGCAGUCAUCAAGGAAACAUUACGCGCUCACCCAACGAUCAUCUCAACCAUCCCCCGCCUCCUCACCGAGCCCUUGACACUCGGCCAAUACACUCUCCCAUCUGGCACCGUUAUUGGAAUGCAGAACUGGCUUCACCACCGUGAUACCUCAGUCUUCCCGGAUCCAGAGAAAUUCAUACCCGAACGAUGGCUUAACGAAACUCCCGAGAUGAAAUCCGCUCUUACUCCGUUCAGUCUUGGUAAGAGAAAUUGUAUCGGGCAGAAUCUAGCGUGGCAGGAGCUUUAUUGGGCUGUAAGCGAGGUCAUGCGCUCCGGUUCAAGGUUCAGAGUUGCGGAGGAAAUGAAGGAUUGGGAGAUGGAGAUGGAGGAUCGGUUCAACAUAGCUCCGCGGGGGAGAAGGCUAAUGCUUACCGUUUCGCAGGUCAAUUAG